GAUCCCCCCCACGCGCCGGCGCCGCGACGCCGCCGCCGCGUGCUCUUCAGUCGAUCUCGAGCGUCGCGACGCUAUGCCAUGGCCCACAACGCCCACUGGCACGAGCGUCUCUUCGGCCAGCAACUGCUGCGCUACGAGAACGGGGCCUUCGGGUUCGCGGGGGCGCAGGAGGCGCUGUACAGCGCCAACAUCACGGGGGUGUACUUCUCGUUCGCCAACAUCAGCCAGCAGAGCGACGACUUCGUGAAGAAGUUGCGGCUGCUGUACGAGAGGCUCAACCAGGACUGCUGCGAGGUGAAGAAGCUGGAGGUGGUGCAAGUGGUGCUGUGGGCGAACAACGAUGUGUUCAGUGACUUUGAGAACAGCCACAGGGACAGCCUGGUGGGCAUGCCGUGGUUCGCGGUGCCGUUUAGUGAGAUCGAGCUGAAGACAAAACUUUCGCGGAGGUACCGGAUAAAAUCAGGAGUGCCAACUUUAGUACUCUUGGACCGGGACGGCGGCACCAUUAGCGUGUCGGCGCAAGAGCGUCUCCUGGAGGAUCCCAUGGGAACUUCGUUCCCGUGGCGACCACGUCCUGUCGACCAGGUCCUGAAGGACGUAGUCCUCCAGCAAGGCGGCACCUACUGCAAAGAGCACCCCUCCACCAAGGAGGAAACCCGCUACGGCGACCUCCCCGACGCCGUCCGCGGCUUCUACUUCUCCGCCAACUGGUGCCCCCCCUGCCGCGCCUUCACCCCCCAGCUCGCCGAAGUCUACCACGUCAUCCGCAAGCGCGAGCCCGGCUUCGAGAUCGUCUUCGUCAGCAGCGACAGGAGCGCCGAAUCGUACGCUUCGUACGUCGAAAACAUGCCCUGGCUGAUCGUCCCGUGGCAGCAGGCCGCGGUCAGGGCCGAACUGGCCCAGCUAUACGGCAUCCGCGGCAUCCCCACGCUGCUGCUGCUGGACCGAAACGGGCACAUCAUCACCACGGACGCCAGGACCGAACUGGCCGAAGACCCCAUGGCGCAGAACUUCCCGUGGAAGCCGCGCGCCGUCAACAUCCUCACCGAGCGCUACGCCAACAAACUCCACGACUACCCGGCGAUCGUUCUGUUCGUGGACGGCGAAGAAACCGAGCUCCAGUUCGCCGAGUCCGUGCUCUCCCCCGCCGCCGACUCCUACUACAAAAAACACAACAUCAACUUCAACUGCGCCCCCGAGGAUUUCUCGUCCAAUUGCGAGGACGACCACUACUUGCAGUUCCUCAUUGGCUUGGACUCCGAGACCAGCGACAUCCUGCGCGACCUGAUUGGCCUGGACGACGUGGUGCCCCUCCUCGUCGGGAUCGACAUCCCCAACCGGCGCUUCGCCGUCAUGGAGUACGGGGUGGAGAUCACCGUGGACGCGGUGAGCGACUUCGUCGAGAAGUUCCAGAAGGGCGAGGUCAAGUUCAUCGACGUCAACGAUAGGGUGGUCGAGGAUGAGCAUUAGUGCAAUAUGUAGAUAGUUAGGUUAGGUUUGUUAUAGGCGAUAUGUUCGUAUUUUUCAAUACUUUUAUAGAUGGCGCCGCCAUUGUACAGUCGAUGUGGUAGAUUAAAGAGUUACUAUAGCGA